ACCAAAGGAGACCACAGCAAUCCCGUAAUGCUGUUUCUUCAUGGUUUCCCCGAAAACUGAUUACUUACUGGUGGUGAUUUCAUCAAAUCAGGUUUCAGGGAGGCGCACAAGGGGAUCUCGUGAAGAUUGCUCCACGAGCUCCGCCAAACCCAGACGAGUGUUUCCGGCGAGCGCGAGAGAGCCAAACCAUCGACACACGACCGACUCUGACCCACUGUUAUGCGCGUUUGCUUUGUUUGCUCUGAAGCCCUGGCAACGGGUUGGAAAACUAUAAUAAGAGACACUCCUUGUAAGCAGCAACACUGGCACAUUUUUGACAUGUAAAAGCAUUAUUUCCAAUGGCAGCUGACCAAGUCAGGAUUACAGCAUCAGGAAACAACUGAACAGCUCGACUGAUUUACAUGAACUACUUCUCUAAUGAUGUUAUUUAAUUCAACCUGCGAUGCUUUUAACAAUUCAGUGUCCUUCUUCUACAAUGAGAUUGGCAAGCCCAUCAGCGCAAGCUGGCGGACUCAUGACUUUAUCGUUGUCGGUCUUGGGCUCCCGAUUUGUGUCUUUAUUAUUCUGGCAAAUAUAUUGGUCAUAGUGGCCAUAAUCAUUAACCGACAGUUCCACUUUCCCAUUUAUUACUUACUUGGGAACAUGGCAGCUGCUGACCUCUUCGCCGGCAUCUCGUAUCUCAACCUUGUGUUCAACACUGGGCCGUGGACCAUCAAGUUGACCAUCAAUGAGUGGUUUAUUCGUGGAGCUUUGAUCAACAUGAGCCUGACGGCGUCUGUAGUCAACCUGCUGGCGGUGGCAUUAGAGCGCCAUCAGACCAUCUUCACCAUGCAGCUCCACAGCACCAUGACCAGGCGGCGUGUGGUGAUGCUGAUAGUCACCAUCUGGUUGGUGGCCGUCUUCAUGGGUUUGGUGCCCAUCAUGGGCUGGAACUGUGUUUGUGACCUGUCCACCUGCUGCACGGUUGCGCCGCUGUAUUCCCGCAGCUUCCUAGUGUUCUGGGCUAUCCUCAACCUCAUGGCCUUCUUCAUCAUGGUGGCCGUUUACACUCACAUCUUUAUCUACGUUCGCCGGCGGAGCCGAUUAAUGUCCCCGCACACGGAUCAGCCCUCCAACAAUCAGACUGUUAUCAGCCUAAUGAAGACCAUGUCCAUGAUUCUGGGCGCCUUUGUGAUCUGUUGGACGCCAGGUCUGGUGAUUCUGUUACUGGAUGGUCUCAGUUGUGGUGGAUGUCAGGUUCUUAAAUAUGAAAAGUACUGCCUGGUCCUGGCUGAGUGUAACUCUCUGGUGAACCCUAUCAUCUACUCGUUUCGGGACAAGGACAUGAGGACCACCUACAAACGCAUUCUCUGCUUCCCUUGGAGAAGAAUGCGCAAGCAUGAGGGGGCUUCUGGCAUCCGCUUUGAGUCUGUGAAAACAGAGGCACUCUUGGAGAAAAACAGCAGUUACUCCACCAAUUUAGAGCCCGUUUCACCACAAAGCCUAUUGUCUUUAUAGAAAACGUAUUUCUCAGUGUAAAUAAAUGACUUUUGUAUUUGUUUAGUGAAAUGAUCACAGCUUGUACAAAGAGUAAAUAAUACUUCAUUUUUGAUA